AUAACCUCCAGCUAGCUGCUGUGGUGAUGCACCGGGCCCCCCGGCCUCUGCGGGUGUCCCAGCUGGCCCGGUGGAUCUCCACUGAGCAGUUGGCCAUCCAGCGCUCCAUCCUCGCAGCCGCAUCUGCCAGGGAUGCUGAGACCAUCCUAAGGAUCCUGGAGCAGGACAGGCUGAGCCCGGUAAACGUGGCCACGGCGGCGCAUCGCCUGGCCAAGGUGGCUAAGAAGGGGCUGAGGGAGAGGAGUGUGCAGCAGUUGCAGGCGCCGAUUCUGGCCACUGCCACGGAGUUUGGAGCACAGGCCACGGCCAACACCAUUUGGGCACUGGCAAAGCUGGGCUGCCAGGAGGACCUUUUGUGGAGCUCCCUGUCCCAUUGCGCCUCUCAGCAGUUGCGCGAAUUCAGCGGCCGGCACCUCGCGAACGUCAGCUGGUCCCUGGCCGCCCUGGCGCGCAGCGAUGCGCCGCUGCUGCUGACUUUGUCAUAUGAGGUGAUGCUGAAGGCCGAAGCGUCAGAGCUAACGCCCCAGAGUUUGGCCAACGUUUUGUGGAGCUUCGCCUUCUUGGCUAUGUGGGAGUCGAAAAUGAUGCUGGCACCCUUGGAGGCCGUUCACAGCUAUGCUGAGGCGUUCAACCCGAGGGAUUUGAGCAACACCUUGUGGGCCCUCUCUAUGUAUAAGGGCUCCAGCGACUUCGAGGCCGUGGACUGGCGCACGUUGCUGCGGGCCCUGGCGCGUAGCGGCAGCAGCAAGGCCCAGCAGCUGCAUCCGAAUGACCUGACGAGCAUCGCUUGGGCAUUCGUGGAUGCCACACCCCUGCAGAUGCACUGGCUCCAGCGUGGGGCCAUGAGCGGGAUGGAGAAGAUGAAGCCAAGUGGGGUGCCAAUGAAGUAUGAACCUUUGGAUUGAGAACAGAAAGGUUUUGGAAUAUCUGGAGUGGUGGAUUUUUUGUCUGGUGGAAGAUGAUUGGAAGCCUCCAGCCCUCGAGCCAAGCAGUUAUUCUUGCAAAGUGUUGCUUUCGAUUGUCGCCUCUGGCUCCGGCGCAGAUAAAGCAGGGACAAACUAUGACAAGCCCAGGGUCGCUGGUGUAUUCCGUCCUAGAAUGGUGUAGCAAGUUGUCGAUCAGCGAGCAAGUACCGGCAACAGAUGGACUGAAAUGAAGUCCCUAGAGCCAUUCGCCCCUGCCUUUCCCACGUGUGCCUCAUCUUGUCACUGGGCACGCAGGGGGCAGCCGAGAGACCGUUCCAAUUUGGCAGCCAAAAAUGUUGUGUUGAGCAGCCACAACGACCCGACAUUUGCCGAAAAAAAA